AUGCUUGCAUAUCUUUUUUCACUCUCACGCUCUGAAAUACAACAAGAUACUGUAAUUGAUAGCAUAUGGGACCCAGGCUAUCAUGGUUAUGCAAACUUUAAAAUUGUUCAACCAAAUGGCGAUUCAAUUCCAUUAACAUCUGGAAGUGGCCAACUACUAAGAUUGACGAUUGACGGAAAGUAUUAUUACCCAAAAAAUUAUGAAGAUCGAAUCGAAGAAAAAAAUGUCAAUAUUAAAUUAAUUUUAGAAAAAAUCGCUGAAUACGAUUAUUAUAUCAAAUAUCAGAUUACUAACAUGAAUAGUAAACCUAUUAAUGUAGCUCUAGGAUCUUUUAUUGAUUGGCAGUUCAAAACCGGAUUUGAUUCUGAUUCGACAGUUGGACCAUUAAACGUUGAAAAAGGAUACUACAUUCAAAGUAAGGGAAAUCCAACUUUCCAGAAACUUAUCAUUGACCAUUCUGACAAUCAAGAUAAUAAAUUUGUAAGAGCUGACAAAUAUUGGUAUGGCAACUAUGCUGAUAUUGGAGAUGAUAAGGAAAGGAGAUUCACAAUGGAAGUUCAAGGAAAACCAGUAUUUCCAUAUUCUGAUGAUCGGAGAAAUACUGAAUAUGCUUUUUCAGCUUCUUGGACUGAAAGAACUAUCGCUGAGAAUGGAUACAUUACAUUUGGAUAUCGCAUCUAUUCAAAUUUCGAAAACGAAUUUGAAUUAUUAAUUCCAAAUAAAGUUGCAACAGGUCAAGUUACUGGUGAUGUUAAACUGCAAUGCUAUGUCAGACCAAUUGAAAAGAACAUUAUUUAUAGAGAAGUUAUUGAUUACGGAGACGGUCAAUGGGUUGAAAAACAGGACAGAAUUUUCUCAUAUAAUGACCAAAAAACUCUAAAAACAAUGGAAAGCUGGAGAAUACCAUUCCAACCGAAGUCAGAACCAGGAGAAUAUACAUACAGAGUUGCCAUUAAGUAUACAAAAGAUGGAACUGAACAUAUUUCUAAUAUAGAAACAGUUAAAGUUACUAGGUCUGCCCCACCAACUCUUUCAGUUGACCCAUUUGAUACAGAUUCUACGUACAAACAUAAACCAGUCAUCAAUGAUAUUAACCUUUCAACAAAUCUCGUCUUAAAGAUUCAAGGCCAACAGAAUAAAAUUAGAAUCUUUGGACAUUUCACUGAUGAAGAUAAUGAUAAAGAUCUCAAGUUUACUGUUAAGGAAGGAAACUAUAAAGCAGAAGUUAUACUUGAUGCUGCUUAUCACAACAAUAAACCUGGUGAACUUCAAGAAUUCGGAUUCAAUUAUAUACUUAAAACCGACAAAGGAAUGAAUAUUCCUCUUGAAAUUUGGAUGGAUUCUGAUACCGAUGGAUUCUUUGACGAAAAUGAUUCAACAGAUUCCAACAGAAAGUUACUUUAUGUCAAUAUAACUGAGGGUCCUAGAACUUUCAAACCAAACUUUGAAAUUAACCCUCUUCCAGAAAAAGAUGCAAUUUAUGAACCAGGAGGAAGAAUUCCAAUUUCAGGUUCUUACAGUGCAGAUGGCACUGCAAAAAUCAAAUUUGUAGACACGGAAACAAAGAAAGAAUUAACAUCAACUAUUGAAUUCAUUAAUGCUACAAAAGAAUUCAAGCAAUUUGUAAAUAAGUAUAUCACUUUACCAUCUGAUAUUGCCCAUAAGAAGAUUACAUUAUCGGCAAAGAUUUAUGGACGAUAUGAUAUUCCUAGCGAAUAUGAACAUACAAUUCAAUUCUUGGUUCGUACAAAGCCAAAGAUUGUUAAAGUUAACUUUGAAAAUGAUAACGACAGAGUUAUUAGCAAUACUGGCUAUUGGAGCAAAUCUAUAACAAUUGAGGAUCAUGAUCCAGGAAAAACACUUUAUCUUUAUGGUCAAUUUGGAGAUGAUACCGUUUCUAGUCUCGGUUCUGUUACAAUUGGAAAUGAUAUUAAAAAAAUAGCAAACUUUUAUGAAUUGUUUGAAAGAACUCAUACCGGAAAACAGUACCUCAAAAUUUGGGCGACAGAAAAGUCUUAUGAUGGGACAAAUAUAAACUUCUACAAUGAAUUGCAUCCAUUGCUGAAAUCUGAUAUCCUUCAAGAACAAGUUAUUGUCACAUACAUUCCAGAUAUAACAUGCUCAUUCCCAGACGAUUAUUACCAAAACCGAAAUCAUACAAUCCAAUAUCAAAUCGAGUGUAAUGACGAUGGAAAGAUAAUAAUUGUUUAUGAGUUCAACAACGUAGAAUUUAACAGAGAAACAAUUUAUAUUGGAGGAAAGAAGACUCUUGAUAGAUCAUUCUCUGUUCCAAGCGAUUUAGUAUAUGGUCAAUAUUACUCUUUAUACAUUCAUGCAUUAGAUGAAUACGGAUUUUCAAAUAGCCGUGGAAAUGAAGUUUAUCAAAAUACAUACAGUUUCUCUAUAAAGGAUUCACCAAUAAUAACAGAAGUUACGCUUCAAAGAGAUUAUGCUCUCCAAACUGAGAAUUUCCAAGUCAAGGGCAAAUUCAAUGAUCUAGACAACAGAAAGAAUCUUUAUCUCUUUGUGCAGCUUGGUAAUAACGAAGUUACAGAGCACCAACAAAAGAUACCAUCAAACGGCGAAAAUAAUCAAGAGUUUGAAGCAUUCAUUCCAAUUCCAGAAACUGAAUUGCCGGGCAAGAAAGAAAUUAAAGUUUGGCUCUCAACUUCAAGAAAGACUUAUGAAUAUACUACACAAACAAUCGAUACAUCAAAUCUCUACAGUGUUCCUGUAAAGAUUUCCUACAAGCCAUCAAUGAAAAUCGAACUAUUGAGGAAAGUUAUCUAUAAAGAUGGUGAUAAAGUAUAUCUUACAGGUACAGCUCGCGCUAACUCCAAUCUUAACCUCAAUUACUACAUUGAUCAAACUAAUCUCAAUCAGUCAUCUGUUAUUAAGAUUACUGAAAUUCCACAGGAAUUCACAACAGAGUUUGUUAUCCCACCAUUCUUCAAAUACGGUAACUAUACAGUUACAGUAAUUGGCACAGAUGAUCUUGAACAGACAACAAUACCAUUCCAGUUUAAGUUCGAAAUCCGUAAUCCACCAAGAAUCCUUAAUGCAACUGCUGCCAAUGCAGAAGUUAACCAAGGUGAAGUUUUGAACGUUACAGGCUAUGUCCAUGAUCCAGAUAUUGGCAACGUCAUUGAUAUCAUUGCUAAAGUUGAUACAGGAAAUGAAGCCGUUUACCAAUCAAUUAACUCAACAGCACAGAGUAUGGAGUUCUCAAUCAAUAUUGUCUUACCAUCUGGCAUUGAAGCUGGACCACACAAGAUUUACUUGACAGCUGUAGAUCAAGAUGGAGAAAAGUCUCAACCAUUCCCAUUAGAUUUCAGUGUCCUUGCCCUAGCCCCAGAGGAAGAAACAAAGAACACAACUGAUGCUAACGCUGGUGGUGGCUCUGCUAACCAAAAGAACAAUUCAUCAGUAAUGAAGGGUCUCUACAUUGGUGUAGGCUUCGUCGCUGCUUUGCUCGUUAUUCUUAUUGUUAUUAUUGUUGUCAUUUUCCACAAGAAGAAGAAUGCUCCACCAGUUCCUGAUCAGGAAGACAACAAGGAUUCUGAUUUAGAAGAAAUAGAAACACAGGUUAUGUCUACACAGUCCACAAUUAACCCAGAGGAAAUUGCAACAAAGGAUAAUCCUCUCUUCAGCUCAAGAGAAAUCACACAUGAUGAAGAUCCAUUCGAAGAUGAAUUCGAAGAGCAAACUAAUACUCCUUAA